AUGAGGGUCAACAAGGAUGUAGAUGUAGGACGACCACUCCAGCAGCUUGGUAAGCUUGGGGGCAGGAUCCACGGUAGCAUUGUAGCAAGGGAAUGUCGAUAUCGAUCAGAAGGACGUCAUAAGGCAUCCCGUGAAGUCAGAUUACGAGGGGAGUGGGAUAAUCUGCUGUCAGCAACUGCAGCUUCUCGGCUGACACUAACCGGCCCCCCACCAAGACUGGCUUUGGACGCGGGGUACAGGCGGGGAGAAUACGACUUCCACUCUUCCAAGACCUAUGAGAAGGUGCGAUUUGGUGGGAUGCCGGUCGGCGGCAGGAAUGGGUGGGAUGUCCCGAUUCGGCCUAUUGGAUGCCUCACGGAUGCCUUAGGUUCCAGAUUCCUCUCUUCCUCCGAGUGUCUGUCGAAUAUUUCUUCUAACUCACUGGACGACACUAGACGGAGAACUGUUAUAAACCAACCUUUGCAACAGGAAGCUGACUGCUUUAGCAGCAGGACGCAGGACCUCUACUGCGUAUCAAACCCGUUCUCUCAUGCGCUCCUCCUUGACGCAAUAUCCAGGGGCCAGAUUACCUGGCUGUAUAUUGACUACCGCGCCUGUUCAUUAUUGAAAGCAGUUGUUUUCUGUGUCAUGCCCCAGUCCCUGGCUUUUUCCCAGCCUACCGUUUACUUGGUAAUGCAUGCUGGGGUCAUUCCUAUCCAGCUAGAAAUGAUUGAAGUCCAAUCCCCUCUGCCUUCGAUUGGUGAGGCUGUAACAAGGCAGUCAGGCGAGCACGAUAUAACCGUCGAACAGAAUUUACUCGGAAAUGCGAACAAUCCCGUACGGUACCUCAGCCCGUUCCUCGCAAGAUCCCUGUAUCUUCAGAACGUGCACUGCACUGCAGCAAUGGCCAGCUCCAUCGGUUAA